UUAUUACGCUUUGCCGCCCAGGCGAUUAUGGAUAGGGUCUGCGAUCGACGUCGUAAAUUGACUUGGGCAUACUUUGCGGAACGUCGAGAUGAUCGCAACAAAUAUCUCGAGUUAUUCGAGAAGAAGAUGUUGAAUUCAUUGCGUGAAUCUGACAUUGCAUUGCUCAAUGCGUUGGAAUGCAAGUUGUCGUAUGAGGACAUUCGCUUCUACAGAUCAAUAGCACGCUCCCGUCUACGUAAAGACAUGGAGUCGAGGAAAAUACUUGAAGAAGCCCAUACUACACAACAACAACAGCAAUCUGGCGGCUGGAUGUCUUGGCCCUGGGGAUCUCAGACAGAUCGGCCGAAAGACAACACCGCUUUUGGAGGCCAGAUGACGGAGGAGCAGCCUCUGUUCGAGGUGCCCCGAGAUGCUCUCAAGACGCGAGUGGUUGCAGAAAUCAAGAAGGGUUCAUUUGCGCUGAAGGUCGAUCCAAAGGGGUCAGCCACCGAGGUUAUCUCAACUGUUUUUGACUCGUUCCGUGCCGAAGUCAUCCAAAGACCGGACAAUUUUGAGGCAUCUGUGUCCUUAGGAGGAUUUGGUGUUUUUGAUGGGGCGACCAAGGACUCGCUAUAUCGACAAGUAGUCCGAGUCAAGACUUCGGUAGCAGAAGGUGCCAAGGCCAUCAAGAACGGGGGAGUUGAAGAUCCAUUCUUCUUCGUGAAAUUUGAGAGCAAGCCUCUGGACAAACGCGCUGAUACUGCUCUUACAGCCCGCUUGCGUCACAUGGAAAUUAUUUACCACAAAGGUUAUGUUGAAGCCAUUUUCAUGUUCCUUCGUCGACCCGAGUGCCAGUUGGGAUCAGUCGAACUUUUAUUGAAUGUAGCAAGUCAGUCCCUGGAGGGCCUACGAAAGCGAACUCGAGCUGGUCUAGAGUAUGCUCUGCAAACUCAUAAAACUAUUGAUCUCCAACUGGAUAUAACCGCACCCAUUAUCAUCUUUCCGGAAGACGUCACCACGCUCCAAUGCAGUCAUCUUGUUAUUGAUGCUGGCCACAUAGCCAUCAAGAGCGAUCUAACCGAUAAAAGUGCUCUGCGGGAGAUACACGCCAAGCGAAACCAGUCAUACAGUGAGGAUGACUACAAGAGACUGGAGUCCCUGAUGUAUGACAAGGUGUCACUCAAGCUUCAGGCAGCCCAGGUUGUCUUAGGCAACGACCUACAAGCUUAUCGUGAUGCUCUCACUUCUGAGAAGGGCGACACCCUCCAUCUACUGGAACGCAUCAACUUCAGUUUGCAGGUGCAGAACUCCAUCGUACCGUCUGCUGUCAACCUUGCUCGAUUCAAAAUUUCCGGACAUUUGCCCAGUCUUCAAGUGAACGUCUCCGACGCCAAGUACAAGGCAUUAAUGGGCAUUGUGGAUGUCACGAUCCCGCACUUUGAUGAAGUCAGUGACCAGAAGCCUCCCCAGACGCACAUCGAUACUGCACCACUCGUAUCACCUUGGUCAGCUGAGCUCUUUGAGCUUUUUGGCACAGAAUACAACGUGGAUGAUGAUGAGGCCGACAAUGAAGCUGCAUCGAUCCACAGAAAUAACCUGUUCUUUGAAGCAAGUGAUAGCUCGUUCGAGCAUUUUGAAAUCUGGCAACACAUAUUUGAGCUUGAUUUUGAGAUUGACACCCUUCGUGGGGCUAUCUCAAAGUCUAGUAGUAAUGGCAGCGAGGAGCCACUCGGGGAAGUCGUCCUCCAGCAGUUUCGACUUACGUUCUCGCUUCUCAAAUUCAAUAUGAAUCUAGACAUUAAUUUGAGGUCACUGACAAUGAAUGUCGCGCAAGCUAACAGAAAUCCCAUCCAGCUGGUGUCUUCAGAAAACACGGAGUCAGUCGAGGAUAUGCUAACAUUUUCCUACAAACGAGUGCAGAAGAACUCACCCGAAUUUGAUACCGUCUACCAAAGCGUCGAUCAAAGCAUUGAUAUCCAACUAUCCACGUUCAUAUUUCAUGCUGCACCAGAACCCGUAGUUUCACUGUAUGAUUUCAUCAUGCCGACUUUUGUUCCUCAAGUUCCAGAUCAGCCCACGAACAAAUCUCCAAGUACACCCGCUAUCUCUAGUGAUGGGGAAUUGUCUCCGCCUGCUAGUAGCAACACGAGAACUAUCAGAUUAGCUGUCAGACUUGAUAAUAUGAAAUUCAUGCUUCUCGACGGCUUCGAUAGCUUGUCCACUCUUUCCGUAUCAACUGCCGAUGCUCAUUUAUUCCUCCGGACAAACACGAUGAGGAUUACCGGUCGCUUAGGAGGACCUUGCGUCCACUUUUUGGAGCAACCCCUGCAUGACAUCUAUCUAUUUGUCACCAAACUAGCAAAACUCUACGAUUUUGCGCGCGUGCAAUUUGACGUCUCUGUGAAGACAUCAGCCAUCGUUUUCCCCUCAGAUCCUAGCCGUUUGCAAGACGUCCUGGUCAUGCGACUGGGAGAGAUCAGCGCUCGUAACUCACACGAGGCUGACACUAGUAGAAUCACCGCCAGUUUAUGUGGCAUCCAGCUCGUGUCCGACCUUGUUUAUAAUGGAGAAUCCUCUAUGCUGAAGAUUGCUGACGACAUUGACAUCAGUCACACCCAGAUUGCAGUGAAGAUUUCUGAUGUCAAGCUGUACUUGACGCAGACUCAAUACAUUCUUCUCAUGAAGCUUGCGCACAGAAAUGCCCAGGCAGAGUCAUCAUUGCCUGUGAGCAGCAGUGACAGAAGCGGUAUCUCUAGUAAUCAGGGAAUCCGCGUGUGGACGACCGUGGAUUUUGUUGCUUCCUCGAAGAUGGUGGAGUUGCACUUGUAUGAUGGUCUGGUAACUUGCGAAGAAAGCCUUGAAGACCAUGGUAUAGCACAUUUUGAUCAAGCUGCGCUCAAGUCAUUUACAAUCAGCAAUACCCGCCCAGGACGGUCCGCAUUCCGUGAAGUUAUACCUGCAGCGGACCAUGGCCGUAAUCAAAUCGCGGUUCUCUACACGACGUCUGGCAACUCUUCGAUGUACCAUUCUGACGAGUUCUUCACGAACACGUUUCAGCAGGACAUCCCGGCCGACAUUGAAAACGCAUCCACGGCUGAAUCUCAGCGCGAGUUACCGCAGUCUCGACUUGAUUUCCGACUUGAUCUGCGUGACCUUUCGGUUGAUGUGCUGGAGAACGAUGAAGACGCAAAUUCACAGGCCAUCAGGUUAUACAUUGACCAAAUUCUGCUGUCACAGCAAGGCAUUCUUGCGUUGACUGUCAAUCAACUACGGAUGUCACUUAUCCGCAUGGGCGCUGACGCAGACACUUCACGCUUCUUGGAUAGUGUUGAUUUGACCUUCUCUAUGGAUGGUCGCUCUUCCACGAGAGAACAGAUGACGAGCAUGGAACUCGCUGCCAAACCUAUCAUCUUCCGGGCCUCCUUUCGGGAUAUCACAUUGAUCACCACUAUCGCUAGAAAAACAGUGGACAUUUAUAGCACGAAGUCCGCACAACUGGCAUACAAGGGGCCCAGCCAAACAUCACGAUCUACGAGAAGCCAUAGGCAGACUAUUAGGCAGGCCGUGAUGUCCAAAGAACAGCUUAAAGUAUCAUUUGAUGGACUCUGUCUGAUUCUCAUAGGCGACCUGCAUGAGCAGCCUAUGAUUCACUUGAAGAUUAAGCCAUUUAUUGUUGAAGCUCGGUAUGGGUCUGCAGAUCUUCGCGCGACUGCUACCCUUGCGACCCAAGUUAGCUACUGGAACUGGACAAAUUCACACUGGGAACCUUAUCAGCCCUCGAGUGAACUCAAGGUAUCGGUGUCAGCUCGAGAACGUUUAGACCUCAAUGUCAGUACCGCUUUCGCGGAGCUCGCUGUCACUUCUGCCAAUAUGUGGGGUAAGGAAGGACAAGUCGUACUACAGAAGGCCCGUGGAAGCUUUGCACCAUACCGUAUCAGGAACCGCACUGGAUCCCCUCUCUUUGUGUGGUCUGACGAUGAUGUCAGUCGCGAUUCAAAGGAUCCCAACGCGGUCAAAAUUGCGAAUGAUCAAACUGUGGACUGGCGGUUUGAAGACUGGAAAACAAUGCACGAGCAUGUCUCGACCUCCCAACAACAUCACAUUUGCAUACAUCUUGUCGGCAAGCCAUGGGAAAUACUAAGGGGCAUACCAGUGGACAGAGAAGGGGAUUUUACAUUCUCCCUCCGGCCUCGAACGGGGAAAUAUGCUGACCGCGUGAUGUGCUCUGUAUCAAUUGAAGACAGCGCAAAAAUUGUUACGCUCCGUUCCACGUAUCUGGUCGAGAAUCAGACAUUCUAUCCACUGGAAAUUAUGUUGGUGGAUCAUACAGGACAUCCGGUUUACUCGUUAGAAAGGAUAGCCCCUGGCCAGGACUAUUCUCUGCCCAUAGAAGCAGUGACCCAAAACAGCAUCCAACUGCAGCCAGAUCAGACACUUGGAUAUAGAUGGUGCACCUCCAUACGCUUUGAGGACCUUACCACCAAGAAGAGUCUCACAAUCAGUUGCCCUUGUAAUGACCAGCGAGAAUCUCCCUUCCGAUUUCAAGCGUGGGCACAAAGUGACUCGAACGAGUCUGGAACAUACACAUCACCGAAAAUUAAACUCAAACUCCGCGCACCAAUUGAGCUCGAGAACCUACUCCCUUGCAACAUUCAGUAUAGAAUAUAUGACAAGGACGCUGAUCAGAACUGGAAGAGCUACCUUAGAAAGGGUGGCGUCAUGCCUGUGCAUUCUGUGGAACUUGGUCAUUUGGUCCUAUUGAAUGUUGACGUACAAGAUACGAUCUUCAAGCCCAGCGACUUUGCCGUCAUCAACACUGGCCAGAAUUCGGACUUUGAGGUAGAGUCACGCCUAAGCUUGCGGGACCAGAGUAACCGUAAACUGGAUCUACGUUUAAACUAUGUACGCUAUCCUGAGUCCGGCGGUGCCUUCAAACUGCAGAUAUAUUGCCCAUAUCUCGUCAUCAACAAGACAGGGUUGCCUUUUGGUGUGAAGGCUGCACAGUCUCAUCGAGCGAUAUCCUUUGUCGAGAUUGCCGCUGAUACUAGAUCCGAUGUCAUUUCCAAACCAAUUCCAUUCUUAUUGUCUCACCCCCGUGACAAUGGUCAAGCAUUUGUGUUCAAAGUUGGUGAAUCUGGUUGGUCGAAGGUCUUCAGUCUAGAGGCCCCUUGUGCAGAAACUGAAAUGGUGAUACCAUCCUCGAGGCAAAAUGCAGAGGAGUUCCACAUCGGAUUGUCGUGGACUGAAGGGUUGGGGAAAUACAAACUUACUAAGGUUAUGACUCUUGCCCCAAGAUUUCUGAUCAAAAACAACCUGCUAGAUCCCAUAUACUUCCGAGAAUAUGGAGCAGCACCUAAAGGACGCGCAAUACUCCAUCCUGGCGAACGUUGCCCAUUGCAGAUCAUGCAUGCCAGCCAGGAAAAAUUGCUCACAAUUGCGUACUCUGAACUCAACUCUCAGUGGUCUGCACCCAUAAAUAUUGAAGACCUUGGUUCUGUUCAUCUUCGUGUUCAACUCCCGAACAACGACAUAUAUAUAGUUCAGGUCGACGUCAAGAUUGAUGGAUCCACAAUAUUCGUAAUAUUGUCUGCUGCGGAAGCAAUGCCCUUCGUUAUUGAGAACGACAGCGAUUUCUCUGUCUCUAUGAUGCAAUGGGAUCCCAGUCGUGAAGAUGCGGACGCAGUAAAAUCUUCGGCCCCACAAUAUAAAUUGGGGCCCCAUUCGAGCAUGCCAUAUGCCUGGGACCAGCCUGCUGUCAGAGAAAAGAAAAUAAUGCUCGUGAAAAACGAUUCCCACCACACUGUGGACAUCAUGGAAAUGGGUGUUCUCAUGCCGUUCAAGUUCCAUGACUGUCAAAGGAUCCGUGCUGUUUCAUUGGAUGUGAGACCAGAUGGACACCGACAGAUAUUACGCAUCACACCAUACGUUGCUGAGCGUAGCAUCUACAAGCCGAAACAUCUCAGUUCGAGCUCCUGGUCGCGGCCUGAUACCAUGACAAGCAGCUCAGAAGGUUUUGAGGCGAUUAUGGAAGACGUGUCUCCGACAUUGACAUUCGAUGUGGAGUUUGCUGGAAUAGCAAUAUCCUUGGUUAAUCGCAGGAUGGUCGAAGUCGUUUACAUAUCCGUCGAGGCUUUGAAGUUCGAGUACAGCAAUGGCCCUGCUGCACAGUCCGUGAACCUGUCCUGUGACUCACUCCAAAUAGACAACCAGCUGCACGAUGCGCUGUAUCCAGUCAUUCUCCAGCCUAGCCCAAUAUCCAAGGAAGCCAGUGGUAUCGCAGUCCUCCCGACUAUACAGGGUUCAGUCGUUUGGCUUACAGACCAAGAACACGGCGUCUUAUUCGUCAAGUAUUGCUCUGUCCUCCUCCAGGCGCUGACCAUAGAAGCAGACGAAGAUCUGCUUCUUGCAAUAUACGAUCUGACACAAAUCCAGGGCGUGUCAUGGGAAGAGAACGCUAAGGAUGUUUUAAUACAACAUCCGGAAGAAAUACCAGAACCUCAGCUUUCUGCUGCCGGACAAGAUGUCUAUUUUGAAGUCUUGGAACUUCAACCAAUACAGCUGUCUCUUUCAUUUAUGCGCACCGAAAGGGUUAGCAGCGAGGAAAAGCCAAGCAUUCGCAACCCUUUAGCUGUUAUCAUCAAUGCAUUGACGAUGACUCUGGGUAACGUCAACGACGCGCAGCUGGAAUUGAAUGCAUUGGCGAUCAAAGACAUGCGACUGACGAUGCCUGAACUGCAAGCUAGGAUUACUUACCAUUACCGUCAGGAUAUCCUUCGUCAGCUAUAUCGCAUCCUCGGAUCAGCCGAUUUCAUUGGCAAUCCCAUCGGGCUCUUCACGAAUGUCAGCUCUGGCGUGUCAGACAUUUUCUAUGCCCCAUACCACGGAGUUGUUAUGCAUGGCAACAGGGGGCUAGGAAUUGGAAUUGCCAAGGGUGCCACUAGCUUUGUGAAGAAAACGGUAUUUGGCUUGUCAGAUAGUAUGACCAAGUUCACCAGCAGUGUUGGCAAAGGGCUAUCUGCAGCAACUCUUGAUUCUGGGUAUCAGGCUCAACGCAGAACAACUCAGCGGCGCAACCGCCCGCGCCAUGCUAUCGCAAUGGCAGGAAUCGUUGUAGGUCUUUUCCACUCGACUUUUCUGUCGCUGUGUUUGACUGAGUCUUGCCAGACGAAACCCAUACAGGGCGCUGAAGCAGAAGGAGCACUCGGCUUUUUCAAGGGCGUUGGAAAGGGCGUUGUGGGCGCUGUUACCAAACCAGCCAUUGGCAUCUUUGACUUUGCGUCUAACUUAUCCGAAGGGAUCCGCAAUACAACUACGGUGUUUGACAAACCAGAGCGAGAUCGUAUUCGCUUGCCGAGACAUGUCCCACCGGAUGGCAUUUUGGUGCCAUUCUCUGCUCGUGAAGCCUUGGGUCAGUAUUGGAUGAGGGAUCUUAACAAUGGCGCAUUUCGCAAAGAGGCCUACGUUGCACACAUCGAGUCCCCAGGUAGCGAGAACACCACAUUGCUGACUUCGUCACGAGUUCUUUCGUUUUCAUCGAAAAAGCUUCGCCUUGCUUGGGACCUCCCCAUGACUAUGGUGCAGGGUGUCGCAGUGGAAGAUACUGGCAUCCGUUUCACUCACAAGUCUGGAAAAGACCACGACAAAGUCGUAUUCAUUCCAGACAGAUUAUCGCAAACGUGGUUCUUUGGUCAAAUCACAUCUGUAGUCAAAGCCUUCAACAACCGCCGUAGAAUGGACGCAUGAUCAGAAUGCAAAGAUAGCUGUAUUCAAUGUAAAAACUGUAUUUUCU